GGGUUGGGUUUGAACUAGGGAUAUUUCGGAGCCAGCGAGCGAUCCUAGAGAGACCCCGGAGCCGGUGGGAGAGACCGCUGCAGCCGCGCUGCUGGGUUUUUCCUUUCCUUUUAUUCUCCUUUCCACACACCUCCAUCAGCCUACAAAGACAUGACCACCAAUGCCAGCCCCGUGCACCCAUACUGGCCCCGGCAUCUGAGGCUGGACAACUUUGUGCCUAAUGACUGCCCCACCUGGCAUCUCCUGGCUGGCCUCUUCUCCAUCUCUGGGGUCUUAGUUGUGACCACAUGGCUGUUGUCAGGUCAUGCUGCGGUCAUCCCACUGGGGACUUGGCGGAGACUGUCCCUGUGCUGGUUUGCAGUGUGUGGGUUCAUUCACUUGGUGAUUGAGGGCUGGUUCAGCCUCUACCACGAGGACCUUCUCGGAGACCAAGCCAUCUUGUCUCAACUCUGGAAAGAGUAUGCCAAGGGAGACAGCCGAUACAUCCUGAAUGAUAGCUUCAUGAUAUGCAUGGAGACCAUCACAGCUUGCUUGUGGGGACCACUCAGCCUAUGGGUGGUGAUCGCCUUUCUCCGCCAGCAGCCCCUCCGCUUUGUCCUACAGCUUGUGGUCUCUGUGGGUCAGAUAUACGGGGAUGUGCUAUAUUUCCUGACAGAGCACCGUGAGGGAUUCCAGCAUGGGGAGCUGGGCCACCCGCUGUACUUCUGGUUUUACUUUGUCUUUUUGAACGCCCUGUGGCUGGUGCUGCCCGGAAUCCUCGUGCUUGAUUCUAUAAAGCAACUGGCUCGUGCCCAGAGCACGCUGGACACCAGAGCCACAAAAGCCAAGAGCAAGCAGAACUAAUGAGUGAUGAACUGGGCUUGAACACUGGCUAUUGAGGAACUCUCCACCUGCCAGAAGAUUCCAACCCUUGCUCUCACAGGUUGGAAGGACAAAUCGAAUUGAUCUGUCAAACUCAGGCUGAUGGGUGGACAGGGGGAAGAAAGGAGCUGUGUGGAGCUACUGUCAGCAGCUGUUGGGACAAAGGUACAAGAGAACCUUGGAAGUCUGUGAUGGGGACAAUUUUUUUUAAUUGGGAAAUAAAGAU